UUUUGCCAUGCUUACAGAAGACCUUUCCAGAAAAGUUUCGUGCCUAUGCACAAAUUACAUCCAUCCCAGUUACGGAAAAGAUGCCAACUUUCACCUCCAACAAUCAUGAUAGUCUUGGCAAGUUGUUACAUGGGUUCCUUGACUACUUUGCCAAUAAAUUUACGUUUAUUGAAGAGACAAUCUCAGUGCGGACUGGAGGGACGGUACCCACAGCUCAUUGUCGCAAUGUCAAGUCUCGAAAGAAUGAUACAAGAAUGUGGAAAUACCUUUGCAUUGAAGAGCCAUUUGAUCUGACGAACACUGCAAGGUCUGUAUAUGAUGAAACUGUGUUUGAACGAGUGAAGAAGGUAUUUGUGGAUUCGUACAAACUCUUGAAUGAGAAAAGCGACCUUGCUUGUAUUCUCACAUGAGGCAUAGUGGUGGGUUUAGGGAAGGUAACUGGAAGCAGUGUAAAUAAGAUCAUUGUUAUAUGUUUGUAGUUGAUGGUGAGGACCUGAGUGACCACUGUGUGAACCUGUCAGAGCCUCAUUUUAGCCCACUGAUUGAUAUGUAUUCAUUGGAAUGUGGUUGAAACAUUAGAUAGUUUCAUCUCAUUUACUGUAAUUUUUUUUUUUUUUUUUGGCUGCAGUAGACCACAUUUCCAAAUAUGGGACCAUGCUUGAAAAGUCCGUCUUGUUAUUCCAUGGAGCUCAGCCUUGUGUCCCUGGGACAAGUCAGGCUGUAAGUGAUUGUGAAUUGCAUAGUUUGAAUCAUCAAAGAUUUUUAUUGAUCCUACCAGGGUGGGUGUAAUAACUAUUGAUUCAGUUAAUUGGGUUGCAUUAUGUACUUGUAAACCAUAAUACAGUAAUUGUUUACUAUGAUGUUAGCAGUAAGAUGAAGUUUACCCCAGCAACCACGAUGAUCAGAAUCUGAAGUAAAAUUAUACAAAGAUAAAUAACAGCAUAUUGGAUGAAAGUUAAGCGAGCAAAUGCAUUUACUUCCAUGAACUUAAUUGAAUUAGUA